UGCGAGAAUGCCUUUCAAUGCUGUAUCCGAUAUAACACGGUCUAUCGCACCGCACUAUAUACCCUUCAGGCCUCCGCGCGCUCGCGUUCGCUCCCUCUCUCUCGCUCUCGUUCUUGCCUCUCAAUUCUCCGCGACGAAAACCAGCAGCAUGUCUGACACGCGAAGAUUCAAGGCCACGGACUUGUUUGAGUUCAACAACAUUAAUCUCGACUCGUUGACGGAAACGUUCAACAUUUCGUUUUACCUGAGCUACAUGUCGAGAUGGCCCAAUCUGUGUGUAAUGGUUAAUGAAGACCGGCAGACGCCCGACCACCCCUCUCCUAUGGGCUACAUCAUGGGCAAGAGCGAAGGAAAAGACAAGGACUGGCAUACUCACGUUACCGCUAUCACGGUCGCUCCAAGCUGUCGUCAACUAGGCAUUGCUCGGAAACUCAUGGACUACUUGGAGCGUGCGGGUGACGCUGACAAGGCAUACUUCGUUGACUUGUUCGUCCGUCCUAGCAACCUGCUUGCCGUUAACAUGUACAAGCGACUGGGCUAUUCAGUGUACCGGCGUGUGCUGGGUUAUUACAGCAACCCUCACGGUCCUGACGAGGACUCGUUCGACAUGCGUAAGGCACUCUCUCGCGAUGUAAACCAGCAAAGCAUUCGUAAGAACGGUGAACAGUUUACCUGUAAACCAGAAGACACAAUGUUUUAAGUAAAAUAAGGUGCCGCCUUUUUGUCCAAUCAA